UUGUUAUAAAGGUAUUUUGAAAACGCAACUCUCUGCGUUCGACGGUAAGAGAGCAGCAUUAGACCGGACGUUCACUAUCAGAGCUCCUUUGUAAUCUUCACACACGAAUCCUUAGCACCAUGAAGCUACUCUUGAUAAUGCUAGGACUGGUUGCCAUAUCCUCAGCCCGGGGAAUCGGUCAACGCAGUUUAACGCAAUUCGCGUCCAUGUACUCGUGUACCGUUGGCUUGGGUUACAUGGAUGCAGUUGGUGACUAUUUUGGAUACGGGUGCUACUGUGGCGCAGGAGGCCAUGGAACGCCAGUAGAUGACACAGAUGAGUGUUGUGCGGUACACGACAAAUGUUACGAAGAUGCGACUUCCAACGGUUGUAGCGCGUUACAGAUAUACUACAUCACUUACGACUAUGAGAAAACAACGGCUUCUGAUGGCAGCUGUCAACUCUCAUGCAAGGCACAGGCUGACUACGACUCCAGCGACAAUGACGCGCAGUGCAGAGCCUACAUGUGCAACUGUGACCGGAAAGGAUCUGAAUGCUUCGCCAAGAACAGACCAACUUACGACAAGAAAUAUAAGGGAUGGUUGUCUCUCUUUUGUUAGUAACAGGUGUAACAUAAUGCAUCUGGCUAGGCGUUCACCGUUUAAAACUAAUGUUUCAGUAAACCCAAGUAGUUAUGCUAAUUGGACAUGCCGAGAAUGAAAUAAUAAUGAAGCGAAAUUUAGGGAAUUCAUGUAGGAAAGAGUUACCUAUAUAGCAUCUUUGAAGGACUCACUUGAACGACAAUGCACCGGAACGAUGUAUCGUAUACUUUCCAUGUGCUUUUCUCGUAAUGAAAUAUGCCACAAUUUUGAAAAAACCCCGAGCACCUCAAGAACGCCAUUAUAACAAUAAUAAUAUCUUUUAGGCAAAUUAACACAUAAAAUACAAAAUAAAUACAAUCAGAUAAAAAGUACUGACAAAAGUAACGACAAGAUACAUAUAAAAACAAAGGUUUUGGGGGUUUCCCAAAGGUGUUCUUCAUGAUACUGUCCUCGGAAACUACAUUUGUACAUCCAAGGCUCUCAACAUAAUUAU